AUGUCCCUGAAGACCACGACCAAGCUCGGGGGGACCGCGUCCCACGUCGCAGUCGGGAAAGUCGCCCACGGGUUGAUGACCAUGACCGUUUACGCGGCGCGCACCCGCCCCGAUGAGGAGCUCUUCGAGGCGAUCAAGGCAGGCGUCGACGCGCUGCCGCCUGGCACCAAGAUGGUGCUGAACACCGUUCUACGGCCCUCGACGAACCGCAUCGCAAACCUCGAGCUGCUCGCGCGGUUCUACGAGGCGAACCCGGCCUACGUGGACAAGACGUUCCUAAUGGUCAAGGGCGCCGUGAACGUCGAGGCAGGCAGAGCGCGAGCGGAUAACUCGCUGGAGAACCUCCGGAGGAGCGUGGACGCGUGCAACGCCGCGCUGCGGGGCACGAAGAAGAUCGACGUCUUCCAGUCCGCGCGGGUCGACCGCGCGCGGCCCAUCGAGGAGGCGAUCCGGAACAUGGUCGUUCUCAAGGAGGAGGGCAAGUUCGAGCAUAUCGGGCUGAGCGAGUGUAAGGCGGAGACCGUCCGGCGCGCACAUGCGGUCCACCCGAUUGCUGUGGUGGAGAUCGAGGUUAGCAUCUGGUCGUAUGAGGAAGAGACCAAGAAAGUUAUCGAGGCCACCAGCGAGCUUGGUAUCGCCGUCACCGGAUAUUCUCCGCUCGGGCGUGGAUUCCUAACUGGCCAAAUCAAGAGCAUGGACGACAUCCCUGCGGAUGACCUCCGCCGGAUGAUGACGCGCUUCAAGCAGUGCCAAGGCCAUUCAGCCAUUGCGGACAAAAAGGGCGUAGCUCCCGCCCAGCUCGCGAUCGCCUGGGUCGCCCAACUCGGCCCGCACGUCCUGCCCCUGCCUGGGAUGUCGUACGUCUCCUCUCUUGCUGCAGCGUCUGCCGUGCUGCCAUUCAUGGUCGCUCUCGUCUGCAGAACGAAGAAACGCACGCUGGAGAACCUGUCUGGCGGAGACGUCGUCCUGACGGAGGCGGAGCUGGCAGAGAUUGCUGGGGUUCAGGAGAAGUACCCUGUGCAGGGUGAUCGUUAUUUCGGGAACGACGAGGCUGCGGGGCUCUGGGGCUAG